AUGCCAACCUUAGCUGCGAUUGCGCGCGCAACCACGGCAGCUGUUGCCGCUUUCAAUGGCACCAUGCAACCAGGCUAUACUUUCCGUGGCUACGAAUACAUUGGCUGCGCUGCGGAAGGCAAAACCGGACAUGCACUUCAAAGCGGAUGGCUUGGUGAUGAUCAAGGAAUGACUAUCGAGAAAUGCCUUCAAUAUUGUGGCACAAAGAAUAUGCCUCUUUCCGGUUUGGAAUUUGGGAAAGAUUGCUACUGCGGAAAAAUUCUUCUUGAGAGCUCGACACUCUAUCCAAACCAGGCAAAAUGCGACAUGAACUGCCCGGGAAACUCUCUGCAGAACUGUGGGGGGAGCCUUUCUCUUUCAAUUUUCAACAAUACAAAACUUCUUGCUCCAAAACCACCAUCCAAGGUCGGUACAUGGGCCUUCGAGAGCUGUUAUAUGGAAUUACAGGGCGCUCGAGUGCUUCCGGAUGUUCUCUGGGUGAAGAACGGCAUGACUCUGGAUAUGUGUACAAGCUAUUGCGCCACCAACGGCAAGUACAAGUACGGUGGUGUAGAAAACGGCAAUGAGUGCUUCUGCGGCAACAACAUGACCCCAGGUGCUAAAAACGCAUAUGAUCUGGAUUGCCCAAUGACAUGUGAUAUCCCAUGUGGUGGCAAUGACAAGCAGAUCUGCGGCGGAAACGGCGUCAUCACGGUUUACAGAAACACUGUUUAA